AUGUAUGGGAGAUCGUCCACAGUAGCACCGAUCCCUCCUGGUACAUCAUAUUACACCCAGGACUUCGGCGGCCCAUCAUCAUCGUCUUCUUCCUCUAACCGGGCAGAUUGGAAUACCGCCGCUCGACCACAACGGAAUGAUGAGAGCGGUCUGAGAGAGGCAGCAACUACCAACUACACCGCUGAUGAGAUUUGCAAGGACGGCAUUGCAGGAUUCGAAAAGCUUGAACAAGUUGGUCAAGGUACCUAUGGUGCAGUGUUCAAGGCUAGGCAUAAGAAGACGGGUAUUCUCGUAGCUUUGAAGAAACUAAGACUUGGAGAGGGCGAUGUGUGCAGAGACGGUCUGCCCAAAUCGGUUGUAAGAGAAAUUCGUAUAUUGAGUCAGCUUGCCAAUGGCCCCAACAUCGUCCGAUUAUAUGGCUUAUGCAGCAGUGCGGCGACAGCACAUAACCGGAAUAGAGGAAGUUUAUACAUGGUGGAGGAGUUUGCACAGCAUGACUUGAGUGGUAUACUAGAGGAGCGCAAAAGGAUGCUUACAAUACCAGAAGUGAAGUGUAUGAUAAUACAGACCCUUCGAGCUCUAGAUUAUUGCCAUCUCAAUGGCAUAGUCCAUCGAGAUAUCAAGUGUGCUAAUCUACUGGUGGAUAGAAAUGGCGUAUUGAAACUUGCGGAUUUCGGCUUAGCACGAGAAUGCACAUCGGUGACAGAUCCAGAAGAGGAGGAUGUACUUCGAGUAGAGGAGCGGCAACGGAAGGCGGACGCCAGUAAGGACCAUGAGACAGCAGCUCCUCCUCAUCAUCCAGCCCUAUACACGAAUAAGGUCAUUACUUUGUGGUAUCGGCCACCAGAGCUCCUCCUUGGAAGUACGUCCUAUGGACCAGAGGUUGACAUAUGGUCUGUUGGAGCCAUUCUGGCUGAACUUCUGUUGCAGAAACCUAUAUUCGCAGCAGAUAAGGAGAAAGGAGUGUGUCUAACAAUCCAGCUGCUGUUGUAG